AUGACAGAUAUCGACAACUGCUCUCCCGACCCCUGCGCACGUGGAACAUGUGUUGACAAGGUCAAUGAUUAUAGCUGCACGUGUCCGCCGGGUUAUGAAGGAAAGACAUGCAGUGGCAAUAUUAACGAGUGUUCCAGCCUGCCGUGUCAAAACAAUGGGACAUGUAACGACUUAGUCAACUCGUUCUCAUGCAGCUGUGCCCCAGGCUAUACUGGCCCAACGUGCGCAGCAGACAUCAACGAGUGUUUGACGAAACAGUGCCAGAAUGGAGCCACUUGUGUGGACCUGGUGAAUGCUUACGUGUGUCAGUGCGUGGCUGGGUACACGGGAAGCAACUGUGAGACGGACGUCAACGAAUGUUCUCCCAACCCGUGUCAGAACGGAGCCACGUGCGCGCAUAGUAUCAACAACUACACGUGCACGUGUGUAGCGGGCUACACCGGGAUAAACUGCCAAACUGACAUCGAUGAGUGUUCACCCAGCCCAUGUCUCAAUGGCGGCCUCUGCUCAAAUGAGAUCAACAAGUACACGUGCACCUGCACUUCCGGGUACACUGGUAUCAUCUGCAGGCCAGCUUUGCUGGGCGAUGACUGCAGCGUCCGACCGGCAGUGUGCUCUAACAUCCUGAACUCGCAGUGCACGGGAGGCACGUGCCAGUGUUUGACGGGAUACGAGAAGACAGGCGAGGCAACAAAACGUCUCAUAUAUCUGACAAAGAUUAUUGUAGAAGAACGACCUGGUAGCAUUCACACUUAA